CAGCAGAGGAAAACACAUCUUUCGGAUCAUUUCUCAGAGAAGAGGAGAGUUGUUUUGUUUUUUUCUUUUUUUAAACCCAGGAAUUAUUUACUGUGGAUGAGCUGGUGUGAAGAGAAGGGGCGAGCGACAUAGACAAACACACAGGGGGAGAGAGAGAGAGAGAGAGAGCAGCUGGAAACGACGGAGAGCUUCAGUAGUGGAGAGAGAGAGGAGGCAGCAGGACGAAGCAUGACGGAGCUGCUCAUCGGAUUCUGAGGACCAAAACACAAACCGGUGGUGAUGGGAAACACAGACAGUCACAGCAGCUUCGCCUCUCCUGCCAAGCCCUCCUGCUCGCUCAGGUUUUCCUGCAGGAGGGAGGAGGUCCCGUCAGCUCGCAGCUGGUGGAGGAGCAGCCAGGGGAGCUGCAGGAGCCGAGGGAGGAGCUACCUGAACCAGCACACCGCCGGCCCGCCGUACACGUCCUGGCAUUAUGAACCAGCAACCAAAGCAGCCAGAGGAGGCUCCAAACUGAAAGCAGGGUCUCCUCAGAGGUACAGCAGAGGGGAGCGGGCGCAGGGCGGCUGCAGGAGUCAGUGUGGAUACCUGGGAGGCGGCGGCGGGACUAAUGGGAUUUGUGGCGAGCGGGCGUCUCUGGAGAGUGGCAGCAGCCCAAAGGUGCUGCUCAGCAAAGAUGGCAGCAUGAGGGUGGAGUUUACCAACAGCAGGGUUGUUCCAGUGGAACCGCAGGGGCUGACCGGCCUCCCUGCCAUCACCUCCACAACCAGCGCCGCUGCAGGCCCAGAGCCGUCCCUCCGCACCAGCAAAGGCAGCUCGCUCAGCUCCGACGGCUCCUGGUACGACUCGCCGUGGGGAAAUGGCGGCGAGCUGACCGACAACGUGUUCGUUUGCACGCAGAGUGUGGAUAACAGCAGCGGAUACACCACCUACUCCUCCACCCGAACAGAGGAAACCGCCACCAGCAGCAGCGGCUACAACACCUUCUUCUCAGCUCCCGUGGACGACAUGUCACCUGGAUUUACCUCCACCCUCCUUUUCCCCGCCACAGAGACCAGCGAGUUCGCCUCCGCCACAGGUUACAACACCUGCUCCUCCGGGCGGACGGAGGACAGCGGCAUCGGAGACUCAGUGAUCCUGCAGCCUGACCUGAGAGACUUCAGCCUGCUCUCACCUUCCAGCAUUUACAGCAGCCACAACACGCUGGCUGCUUUCCCCACCGGACCAGAUACCUCCCAGGAGCAGCAGCAGCAGCAGCAGCCGAGGACCACCUCCUCCUCGUCCGUCUCCUCGGGGCUGCUGGACGACGUCACCCAGGAGGAGGAGGAGGGUUCAGUCAGAGGCGUGGGGAGUCAUUACUCCUCCUGUACGCUGCCAUGCCGCAAGGCUGAGUCUGUGAGCGCCGCCGGAGGGAACAACCGAAAAGACUUCCUGAAGAGCCGGAUCAGACGGCUGAGCGACUGGACCGGAAGUCUGAGCAGGAAGAAGAGGAGGAUCCAGGAGCCAUACGGCAGCGACCCCAGUGAUGUUUUCAUCAACGGACUGAGCUCUGGUCUGACCGGCUGCAGCACACUGUGGUCCUCCAACCCUCUCCACACCCUGAACCAGAACCACUUCCCCCCGGUCCACUGUGGCUCCUUCAGGAGCCUGAACCAGAACCAGAGCAACGACGCUCAGCGGCAGAACGUCUAUGAAAACUUCAUGCAGGAGCUGGAGACGGGCUGCAGCAGCGCGGCCGACCGGACCGAGCCUUCGGAGGGGGACGGAGACGAAGGGGACGAAGACGAGGAGGAGGAGGAUGCUGACGGGGAGGUGGAGGUGGGAGGAGGGGAGCAGCUGGACGUCCUGUUUGAGAAGGAGCAGGGCGUGGUGCGACGGGCCGGAUGGCUCUCCUUUAAAGCUCUCAUCACCGUCAACAAGGACAGGAAGCUGGAGCUGGUCGCCCGCCGCAAGUGGAGGCACUACUGGGUCACACUGAAAGGUUGCACGCUGCUCUUUUACGAGACAUAUGGGAAAAGCGGUGGCACCGAACAGGAGCUUUCUCCUCGCUACGCUCUGCUGGCCGACGACAGCAUCGUCCAGGCCGUCCCCGAACACCCCAAGAAGGAACACGUCUUCUGUCUGAGCAACUCGUACGGAGACGUCUACCUGUUCCAAGCCACCAACCAGACCGACCUGGAGAACUGGGUGACGGCGAUCCACUCCGCCAGCGCCUCCCUGCUGGCGAAGCGUCAGGGGAAGGAGGACACGCUGCGGCUGCUGCGCUGCCAGAGCCGCUCGCUGCUGCGCAAGAUCGACAUGGACGGGAAGAUGAAGAAGAUGGCCGAGCUGCAGCUGUCCGUCAUCAAGGAGCAGAAGAACAGGAAGGCAGUGGAGAGCCAGAUCCAGCAGUGGGAGCAGAACCUGGAGAAACUGAACCUGGAUCUGUUCAGACUCCGGUGUUACUUGUCCAGCCUGCAGGGCAGCGAGCUCCCAAACCCCAAGAGCCUCCUCGCCGUGGCCAGCCGGCCCUCCAAGAGCACGCUGGGACGUCUGGGAGUCUUCUCAGUGUCCUCCUUCCACGCUCUGGUUUGCAGUCGAGAUGAGGCGACGCUGCGGCAGCGUUGUCGAUCUCUGUCAGGAGGAAACAACCGGAGAAGAGGCCUGCCGUUCUCUCUGAAGGCUCUGGAUGGACUGAACAGACGCAGCAAGGACGGCAAACACUCAGCUGCCCAGACCCUGGACUGUGCGUCCCAGCAGAGGGAGGCGGCGCCCUCCACAGGCCGAGCUGCAGCUCUGCAGCUGUGUGACGAGCAGCAGCAGCUCUCGGCGCUCGGUGUUUUCACUCUGCACAUCUGUCGACCCGACACGGAAAAGGACUUUGGCUUUGCAGUGACGGGUCACGUGGACGGAGCAGGAAAAAGUCACGUCUACGUCAGCGAAGUCGACCCGCUGGGACUGUCGGCCAGACACGGCCUCAGGGCCGGAGACGAGGUCCUGGCUGUGAACGGAGCCGCUGUCUCAGGACUGGACCUGGACCUCAUGCAGAGUCUCUUCACCCACCAGAAGCUCCAGCUGCUGCUCAGGAGAGACGAGUCGCCCGACACCGAGGAGCCCGCCGGCGUCUGGCCCGACCCCACCGACCCCUGCUUCCCACCGCCGACCUCUGCCAACCUCCAGACCUGGACCGCAGAUCCAUCAUUCAUCAGUGAUCCAGAUGGAAACCUCACUCCCGUUUUUGACGACACUUUGACGACGACGCCGUCUGAGGACGCUGAGGCUCCGGGACAGAACAUGGACCAGGUCUACUCGCUGUACCAAACCUUCCCAGAAAGCCGAGCGGCGGACGCUGACGUCCCCAAAAACCCAUACAGCAGAGAGGUCGGCCUGCAGCCGGCGAGCCCCGCCCACCUGAGUGUGUGUCAGCGUCUGCGUAAAGUCAUCCAGGAGCUGGUCGACACCGAGAAGUCCUACGUCAAGGAUCUGGUGUGUCUGUUCAACAUCUAUCUGACGCCGCUGCAGAAGGAGACGUUCCUCAGUAAAGACGAGAUGGAGGCGUUGUUCGGCAGCCUGCCAGAGAUGCUGGACUUUCAGAGGGUUUUUCUCCAGACGUUGGAGGAAAGAAUCGCUGCCUGUCCGAACUUCAGCAGCCUGGAAACACUCGAACAGUUCAAGAAACUGCUCUUCUCUUUGGGCGGAUCUUUCCUUUACUACGCCGACCACUUCAAACUCUACAGCGGCUUCUGUGCCAAUCACAUCAAAGUCCAGAAGGUUCUGGAGAGAGCCAAAACAGACGGAGCCUUCAAGCAGUUCCUGGAGGCGAGGAAUCCCACCAAUCAGCACUCGUCUUCUCUGGAGUCGUACCUGAUCAAACCUGUUCAGAGGGUCCUCAAGUAUCCACUGCUGCUCCGGGAGCUGGUGUCCCUGACCGACCCCGAGAGUCCUGAACACACACACCUGACAGAGGCGCUGCGAGCGAUGGAGAAGGUGGCGAGUCACAUCAACGAGAUGCAGAAGAUCUACGAGGACUACGGCUGCGUGUUCGACCAGCUGGCUGCGGACCAGAGUGGAGCUGACAAACAGGUGACCGAGAUCUCGAUGGGAGAGUUUCUGGUCCAUUCGUCAGUGGUCUGGUUGAACCCUCUGCCCUGUUUGGGUCGACUGAGGAAAGAGCCGGAGCUCACGCUGUUUGUGUUCAAACGGGCCGUCAUCCUGGUUUAUCGUGAGAACAGCAAACUGAAGAAGAGGAUGACACCUUCCCGCUCAGCUGAUCUGGACCCCUUCAGGUUCCGCUGGUUAAUCCCAGUUUCAGCGGUUCAAGUCAGACCGGCCAACAUCACAGGCUCAGAGGAUCCCUGUGUGUGGGAGCUGGUCCACAGCAAGUCAGAGGUGGAGGGACGACCGGAGACGGUGUUCCAGCUCUGCAGCAGCGGUCUGGAGACGAAGGCCAGCGUGCUGCGAGCUCUGCGCUGCCUCCUCAGAGACCGACCGUCUGUCGGCUCCCUCAGGAGGAACAAGCUGUUGACGGCCGAGAGGAGCGGCUCCUGGAGGAGGAGGCAGCAGCGCUCUCGCUCCGACACCCAGAGGACGACUCCUCAUCAGCCGGAGGAGAGCUGCAGACCGGACGGCGUCCUGGGAGACACCUGCUCGGAGCCUCUGCUGCCCAGCCACGCUGCCGCCGCUGCAGGCAAGAGGACCAGGCUGUGCUCCCUGACCAGCGAGCUGGAGGCUCAGCUGCAGAGACUCAACUUCACCGAGGAGGAGGCGGAGAGAGGAACGACGUCUCGGAGCGACGAGGAGACGAGACGGAGCUCCAGUCUGCGCCGGACUGCUGGAGGAGAACUGCCGGACUUCAGCAACCUGCUGGAGAGAGACUUCAGCGUUCAGAGCAUGACCUCCAUGAUUAACGAAGACUGCUUCUACGACACCAUGCUGGGGAUGCAGAAGGCUGCCGUCCCCAAGCUGCAGGGCUGAAGCUAACAUGCUAACAGGGAGGAGACUUACCUUAGUGGUACUCAAAGCGCUUUGCAAAGUUUUCUCAUUCACC